ACGGUCACGUGACGCGGCGUGCGCGUCACUGCCGCUCCUUCCCAACAUGGCGUCCUUGCUGCAGUCGGAGCGGGUUCUCUACCUAGUGCAGGGAGAGAAGAAGGUCCGGGCGCCCCUGUCGCAGCUUUACUUCUGCCGCUACUGUAGUGAGCUGCGGUCGCUGGAAUGUGUGUCUCACGAGGUGGAUUCCCAUUAUUGUCCCAGCUGUUUAGAAAAUAUGCCAUCGGCUGAAGCCAAACUAAAGAAGAAUAGGUGCGCCAACUGCUUUGACUGCCCCGGCUGCAUGCACACGCUCUCCACCCGGGCAACAAGUAUUUCCACACAGCUUCCAGAUGACCCAGCGAAGACCACCAUGAAGAAAGCCUAUUACCUGGCCUGUGGGUUUUGUCGCUGGACAUCUCGAGAUGUGGGCAUGGCAGACAAGUCUGUGGCUAGUGGAGGUUGGCAAGAACCUGAAAAUCCUCACACACAGCGAAUGAACAAACUAAUUGAAUAUUACCAGCAACUUGCUCAGAAAGAAAAGGUUGAACGGGAUCGUAAGAAACUGGCACGUCGUAGAAACUAUAUGCCUCUGGCUUUUUCGCAACACACUAUUCAUGUAGUGGACAAAUACGGUCUUGGAACCAGGCUUCAGCGACCAAGAGCUGGUGCAACCAUCAGUACCCUUGCUGGACUUUCCCUUAAGGAGGGAGAGGACCAGAAAGAGAUAAAGAUUGAACCAGCUCAGGCUGUAGAUGAAGUGGAACCUCUACCUGAAGACUAUUACACAAGACCAGUAAAUUUAACAGAGGUGACUACGCUUCAGCAGCGUCUUUUGCAGCCUGACUUCCAGCCCAUCUGUGCUUCACAACUCUAUCCUCGUCACAAACAUCUUCUGAUCAAACGAUCCCUGCGCUGCCGGAAAUGUGAACACAAUCUGAGCAAGCCAGAAUUUAAUCCAACAUCUAUCAAAUUCAAAAUUCAGCUGGUUGCUGUCAAUUAUAUUCCAGAAGUGAGAAUCAUGUCAAUUCCUAACCUUCGCCACAUGAAGGAGAGCCAGGUCCUCCUGACUCUCACGAAUCCAGUAGAGAACCUCACCCAUGUGACGCUGUUGGAAUGUGAGGAGGGGGAUCCGGAUGAUAUAAACAGCACUGCCAAGGUGGUGGUGCCACCCAAAGAGCUGGUACUAGCUGGCAAGGAUGCGGCAGCGGAGUAUGACGAGUUGGCAGAACCCCAGGACUUUCAGGAUGAUCCUGACAUUAUAGCCUUCAGAAAGGCCAACAAAGUGGGUAUUUUCAUCAAAGUGACCCCACAACGUGAGGAGGGCGAAGUGACCGUGUGCUUCAAGAUGAAACAUGAUUUUAAAAACCUGGCAGCUCCUAUCCGCCCCAUGGAAGAAGGUGACCAAGGCACAGAAGUCAUCUGGCUCACCCAGCACUUGGAACUCAGUUUGGGCCCACUCCUUCCUUAAACGGUUCCAUUGGCAGGCAGAUUCCAAAGGACAGUAUCACCACAAACAUGCGUUAAACUUUGGAAACCACUACUUCAUUAGGCCUUGUUGAUAACAAUGGGCUUAUGUACUGCUGAAUCCUAUUCCAUCAAGGGGAGAGGACAAUAUGUAAGCUUUGGGAACACAGGGUCAAAGCUCUUCCCCUUGCUUUCAUUUAUGUUGACACUAAACUUGUCUGCCACACUGAAUCUUGCAUGUUGAGUAACAGCAGCGUGGUUUACCCCAAGAAAGUUCCUUAGAACUUUCCAUUAGAUUUGCCUCUGAGACACUGUAUUGUCUUCAGAUUUGGCCACAGAGGAUCACAAUGUCACAGAUGAAACUUAAAAUGAAAAUUGGAGCCACAGGUAGGGCAUUUGCCUUGCAUGCAGCCGAUCCAGAUUUGAUCCCCCGCAUCCCAUAUGGUCCCCCAAGCACCACCAGGAGUAACUCCUGAGUUCAGAGCCAGGAGUAAUCCCUGAGCAUCGCCGGAGGUGACCCAAAAAGCAAAAAAAAAAAAAGAAUUAUAGAAAGUAAAUCUUGUUAAAGCACCCACUGUUUUCUGCAUUUCAUUGGAUGUAAUCGAGUGGUCUAAACAGUCCUUCACUUGCCAUCACAGUUUCAUCAUUUCAUAAAUUCUCAUUUGACAAAAAGAAGUCGACAUUAGCUUACUUUUCUGAUGAUUGGGGAAAUCUGCCAUUUUUAAGGUGCUGUCGUUUGGCCUUAUCUCACUGAAUACAAGAUAAUGAUCAGUGGCUCCUAAAACUUUUCCAGUGUAAUAGUGAACUGUUAGGGAGAAUUUGAAAAGCGGAUGAUUACAUAUCGUGCCAGAGACGGGAGGAGGAAGAGGUGGAGAGGGGUGUGCAAAUGUCAUUUAAUUCAAAUGUUGCCCUACUAUCCAUGGGUCAGCUUCUCCAUGGGAGGCAAUUUGUGUGUGUCUCACUCCUUUCCCCUUUCUUCCAAUCUGGCUCUUUAAACUCAAUACACGAUUCUGAGUACUUGGUACCUGGAAAGAGCCUAGUGAAACUUGAUACACAGGUACACUUCUGGAAUGCGGGAAACAUGAGGCUAAGUGUUUAGCAGGGUUCUUUCCUUUGAAUUGAACUGCGAUUUUGAAUCCAAAAUUGUAUUUAAGCUGAUGACUUUUGUGGACGUCACGCAAUACCAUUUUGAUUAUAAACCGUAAAGUAAUCCAGCACAUAGCCAAGAACACUUGCUUACCUUCACAUGCUGUUUUCACUCUGUGUCCUGGAAUUGCUAACCCUGAUCCUGUGAUGUUUCUAAAAUAGGGCUCAAUAAAGUAAACCAACUGUACCACUUCUUUUUUUUAAAAAAUACAGCAAGUGACCACAGAUCUUUGGGGAAAGAGAAAUUUCCUUUUACCCUGAUUUUUAGUUCAAACCUUUAGUUUGAAAAACAAAAAACCUAAGAUAGGAUAUAGGUCACUUUGGAAGAUAAAAUAUUUAGAAAAUCUUUGAACUAUAUACCAAUUGUAUUCUUCUUAAGGUCGGGACAAUUUAUGAAACAAUAUUCCACAGAGUAACAUAUAUGCUGCAGUAUAAAAAAAAAAACACAUAUCUCUAAUAUGACAGCGAGAAGGUUUAACUUCUUAGGAGUUGGGGCGGGGGUAGGGAAUCAUAUAAUGACAAAUUUUCAGACCAUAGAAAUGGAUUUCAUUUUUCAUUAUACCAUAGAGUGUUAAUGUAAUGUUUAUUUUGCAGUUUGCUAAAGGCUACUUUGAAACCACUGCUCCGUACUUACCAGUGGAGGAAAUGGGCACCAAAGUAGAGAAUAGCUUCAGGUUUACAUGUUUGCAUAGACUGUAUACUGUUUGUAGUGCAUUUAUAGCAUGUAGGUGGUAUUUGUUCCCAGAAGUAAUGUUGAACUAGUUGGGCUCAUUACUUCCAUGUGACCCAAAAAUACAGAGACACCAUAAAUUACAGAAUUUCUUCUCUUCUCAAGCCAAAUUAACUGCAGAAUAACAGAGCCAUUGGUUUAAUGUUUGUUCAAGAUAUGGAAAUUUGCAUUCUAUGUAAAAUUUUGCUUAACAAUGUAGUGAAGAAUUGGUUCCAUGUCUGCAGCUGAUAAAUUUAUAAUUUGUUGCCUUUUUUAUAUUAGAGCAGGUACAAAAUUUUGAUGCAGCAGAAUUAGAUAUUAUUAGCACUUGAAACCACAAUUUCAGAGAUUUAAGGCUUUGUGAUUUGAUUAACCUACCAAUCUUCUGUUACAAAUGCUUAUAGGCAUAAUAAGCUAAAUGUCCGCAUAUUUGUGAAGAACAUCCUAUUUGAUCCUUUUGGGAAUAAGAAGCACUCCUUGAUCUUUAUGAAUGACAGGUUACUGGUUUGCUUUAUUGCUUAACAAUGUAGUAAAAUAAAGAAGACAAUGCUU